AUGAUCAACCCAGAAGAUCGAUGGAAGACACUCCAGUUUAAUGGUCCUGUUGCCCAUUUUGAAGUCCAAAUAAGAGUGAAGUGUGAUGAGAACUACUACAGUGCUCUGUGCAAUAAGUUUUGUGGCCCUCGGGAUGACUUUGUUGGGCACUACACUUGUGAUCAGAAUGGGAACAAAGCCUGCAUGGAAGGUUGGAUGGGAGAAGAAUGUAAACAAGCUGUGUGCAAACAAGGAUGUAAUUUGCUCCAUGGGGGUUGCAGUGUCCCAGGGGAAUGCAAGUGUCACUACGGCUGGCAGGGACAGUUCUGUGACGAGUGUGUCCGUUACCCAGGCUGUGCUCACGGCAGCUGCAACGAGCCAUGGCAGUGCAACUGUGAGACCAACUGGGGUGGCCUGCUCUGCAACAAAGAUCUGAACUACUGUGGGAAUCACCAUCCCUGCCUGAACGGUGGGACCUGCAUGAACACGGAGCCCGACGAGUAUCGCUGUGCCUGCCCUGAUGGCUACUCGGGGAAGAACUGCGAAAUUGCGGAACAUGCUUGUGUGUCUAAUCCCUGUGCUAACGGUGGAAUUUGCCACGAGAUUUCCUCAGGCUUCAAGUGUCACUGCCCAGCAGGGUGGAGUGGACCAACAUGUGCUAUUGAUAUCGACGAAUGUGCAUCUAACCCUUGUGCUCAAGGAGGGACCUGCAUCGAUGGUGUAAAUGCAUUCGAGUGCAUAUGUCCACAGCAGUGGAUUGGAGCAACUUGCCAGCUUGGCAAAAACUGUGAGACAGAGACAGAUGAGUGUGAGAGCAAUCCCUGCCAGAACGGAGGUCGCUGCAAGGACCUGCUCAAUGGCUUCAGCUGCCUGUGCUCCCAGGGAUUCUCGGGAGUCUUCUGCGAG